AUGAACAAGAAAACGUAUAGAGGGAAGUUGCCGACGGGAACUCCGUCACUUGCAUGGUCAACAGUCGUCGUCGUUGCUUCCCUUCUAGCCAGCGCCUCCGUCGUCCACAACAUCUAUAAGCCUGAUCUCAGUUUACCACCGUUGGAGAAUGGUGGAGAAGUGGCUAAGAAGGAUGAAUCCGUAAACAAAGUUUGA